CAUUGUAACAAAUUUAUUCCAUAUAUUACAGGGCUAGAAGUGUCAGCCGAUCCAGAAGUAAGACACAUAAGACAAAGGAAAAGAAAAAAAUGCAGACGAAGAAAGCCAGAAAAAGAAAGACAUCAACUAGCAGUAGUGGUAGCAGUUCGUCGGCUCGGUCUUCUUCGGCAUCAUCCAGCUCUGGCUCGAGUUCCAGCGGCAGUAGCUCCUCGUCCAAGAGCUCUGCAUCUGGAUCCGUGUCUCCAGACAAACGACCCGAAAAGGGUACGCUCAAACUUCUAUUCUGUGCUUGUGGAGGAGUAUCGUAUAAAGCUUCGCGUCCCAAACCAAGCAAGUCUCCUGAAGUUCGGCAGAAGGAGAAAAGUCCAGCAAAGAAGGCCGACAGCCCAAAGCACGUGGAGAAGAGUCCCGUGCCGGAGAGGAGGGAGAAACAGAAAAGUCCAACGAAAGACGAAAAGAAAGAUAGACGAGAGAAGGACCGAUCAAGAGACAAGCGUGAGAGGAGAAGGUCACGAUCCGAGUCGCCUAAAAGAAGAAGACGCAGUCCAACGCCGAAGUCGUCAAAAAUCUACAUUGGCAGACUGACUAGAAAUGUGAUGAAAGAACAUAUUGAGGAGAUAUUUUCGCCUUACGGUACGGUGAGGAGUGUCGACCUGCCUAGCGACCGGAACAAUCCGCACCUCCCCCGCGGCGACGCCUACGUCGAAUACGAGAAGCCAGAGGAGGCUGAGAGAGCUAUCAAGCACAUGGACGCGGGUCAAAUCGACGGCCACGAGAUUGUCGUCAGCAUGAUACUAGCACCACGGCGACCGCCGCCGAUGCGCCGAAGUCCCAUGCGACGCGGAGGCUGGCAGCCGAGGAUGGCGCCGCGCUUCCGCCAGAGGUCGCCACCGAGGAGAAGGUCACCGAUAGCGAGACGACGGUCGCGGUCUCCGGGUAGAGGGCGCCGGCAUUUCAGCCGGUCUAGCUCAAGCUCUUCGCGCUAGGCGAGUUUCGUUUGCCGCCGCCAUCGUUGUCGUAUCAUCUGUACAUACAUUAGACAUAUGUACUUACAGCACAGUAUCAGGUUGGUUAUAAAACAUCUCCGUUUCACAGUUUUGUGACGAGUGCGAAUAACUGUUUGCAUUUAGAAAGCAUUGGCAGCGAAUUAUUAAUUUAAAUUUAUGAAACAAUGUUCGAAAACUGUCCGACGAGCGUUAACAAGACCGAAGAAUCAUUUGUAAAUACAUUCCACGUGUGAGGUAGUAGUAGUGUUAGUUGUAGUCAUGUAAUGUGUCGCAUUUUAGAGUUCGCCGAUAUAAGUAGAAAUCAAAGCAUGGCAAAAAAUAAAUCACAAUGAAAAUGA